CAUCCCGCCAAUCCUGACUCCGCCUCCAGCCAAUGAAGAAGCCAGCGCUUGUGGCGGACCCGAAGGAAACGACUUCCGGUCCACCAGAGAAGAUGUUUUAUCAUAUCUCUUUGGAACACGAAAUCUUGCUGCAUCCGCGUUACUUUGGACCCAACCUCCUCAACACAGUAAAGCAGAAGCUGUUCACUGAAGUGGAGGGAACCUGCACAGGCAAAUAUGGCUUUGUCAUUGCUGUGACCACUAUUGACAACAUUGGUGCGGGUGUGAUCCAGCCCGGGCGUGGCUUCGUCCUUUACCCAGUCAAAUACAAGGCCAUUGUAUUCAGGCCAUUCAAGGGUGAAGUUGUCGAUGCUGUUGUGACUCAAGUGAACAAGGUUGGACUCUUCACGGAAAUUGGACCCAUGUCUUGCUUCAUUUCACGGCAUUCUAUUCCUUCUGAGAUGGAAUUUGACCCCAACUCUAAUCCACCCUGCUACAAGACCGUUGAUGAAGAUAUUGUCAUUCAGCAAGAUGAUGAGAUCAGGCUGAAGAUUGUGGGGACCCGCGUGGACAAGAAUGAUAUAUUUGCCAUUGGGUCACUCAUGGAUGACUAUCUUGGUCUGGUCAGCUGAAGAACCACUUCAUUGCUGCUGUUUCCCUGCCUCACAGAGGCCAGACGCGAUCCUUGGUUUCUUGUAGAAAAGCACAACGUCUUUCUUUCAGCAACAUGUGUAACAUCUGUCUCAUUUUCCUCUGUUGUAGCAGUUGGGAAAUGUGGGCUGGAUGUGUAUGAUUCAUUCUUCAUUAAACUGUUCUUGUUCUGUA